GCCCUCCUACCCCGCUAGACGAGUCCUCACAACCGAUCGUCACAAUGGACGAGAGGAAGCAGAACCACCCAGCCUCGUCCCUGUCCGCCUCCUCGCCCUCCUUCUCUUGGGCCAACGAGCGCCCCUCCAACACACCACAGAUUACGACCUCGGACCUCGCCGUCUUCGGUUCUCUGCUGCUCCUGCAGUCGCUCACCUCGUACAGUCUCUUUGCCAUCUACCGCGGCUACGAGGGCUGGGGUCAGACCAAGGGCGUCGACAGGGCCUGGAUCGUCCUCGGCGGCGUGCAGUCUGUCGUCUCGGUCGUGCUCAUUGGGAGCUUCUUCCGCCUUGUGUUUGCGCGCUGGAGGAACCGCAUCGAGUAGGGCUCGCGGCGACUCGCGACAAACACCACGAAGGAGCUCUGACUGUUCUAUUCUUCUUUCUUCUCCUUUUUUUGUUUACGUACGUAACGGCGGCAGCGUCAACCUCACUUGGAGAGCAUCCGGAGGCCAGACGGGAGGAUUAAUGUGUGGUGGAAGGAGGAUGAGGUUAUGCUUUGGAGAGGCAUGAGCGCUUGUUCUUUCUAUUAUUCGUAUACCCUUUUCUUUAGUC